GCCCUCUGAGGACCUUUUUCACUCAAAAGGCUUGUUGUGAUGCGUAUCCCCGUAGAUACCAGCACCAGCCGCCGCUUCACGCCGCCCUCCACCACUCUGAGCCCGGGCAAGAUGAGCGACGCGCUGCCGCUGGUCGGCCAAGAGAACGGCGGCAGCGCCCUGGUGGGGAAGCUGAGAAGCGCAGACCGCAGCAUGGUGGAUGUCUUAGCCGAUCAUCCGGGAGAACUGGUCCGCACCGACAGUCCCAACUUCCUCUGCUCUGUCCUGCCGACCCAUUGGAGGUGCAACAAGACUCUGCCGAUCGCCUUCAAGGUGGUCGCAUUAGGAGAUGUCCCUGAUGGGACUUUGGUCACAGUUAUGGCUGGAAAUGAUGAAAACUACUCUGCAGAACUCAGAAAUGCUACUGCUGCCAUGAAGAAUCAAGUAGCAAGAUUCAACGAUCUAAGAUUUGUCGGUAGAAGUGGAAGAGGGAAGAGCUUCACAUUGACUAUCACAGUCUUCACAAAUCCUCCACAAGUAGCCACGUACCAUAGAGCUAUCAAGAUAACAGUGGAUGGACCUCGAGAACCAAGAAGACAUCGUCAGAAACUGGACGAGCAGACAAAGACUGGAAGUUUGUCCUUUUCAGAGCGCCUGAGUGAA